UGAAAUGUGUGAAACUGGUGGUACAGAACCGACAGGCUAAAGUAGAAGUGGUUCCCAGUGCUGCAGCAAUGAUCAUCCGAGCUUUGAAGGAGCCUGCACGUGACCGCAAGAAGGUCAAGCAUGUGAAACACAAUGGAAACAUCACCAUUGAUGAUAUCAUCAGGAUUGCCAGGCAGAUGCGCUCCCGCAGUAUGGCCAAAGCUCUAGUUGGAACUGUCAAGGAAGUCUUGGGCACUGCACAGUCUAUUGGCUGCACCAUUGACAAACUGACUCCUCAUACUGUCAUUGAGAAGAUCAAUGAAGGGGAGAUUGAAAUUCCAGAAGAAUAA